AUGGGAUCAGAUGUCAAAGAUCGCCAGAUCGGCCGAACCGUGCAAUCAAAGAUCGGAGCCAAAGAGGAAUACGAUGAAACACCAGAUAAGAUCGCGAUGCCAAAGACGGAAUAUAACCCAAUAAAGAUCGCGUCCAUGGAGAAGGAGACGACGGGUGAAGCGCGGGAGCGUGCAAAAUGGCAGUACUAUUAUGGCCAGUUGAAGACGCUGCUCAAGACGGACCCAGUGUUCAAGAUAUUAAGGCCCAAGGUGAUUGGUCCUCUGGAUAAGCCGAUCUCGGUCCCACUUCACGGGACCAACAAAGUCGACGAGAUCAAUUUGAUUUUGCAGAUGUUGGACGACAUGGGUAUCUGCCCUGACGCUUUUGAUGGAGAUGAACUGCUGAGUUGCAGCUUGGAACAGUUGAAGGACGCGGCGAAUGAGUUUGUAGAGAUCAUGAUAAUGCUGGUGGGCAAAGCGAAUACUCCUGAAGACAAGAUCGGGACGCCCUCGGGCUCGCUCCGUAAACACCCCGCGGGAUCGCCCGCUACGCCUCGGAUGACUCCGAGAGCGAGUCAGAUGGAUCCAUCAGCAUUCGUCAGAUGUCUCUAG